AGCGCACACUACACCCACCCCGGUAAACACGAAAAGUCCUCAGCAAGCCAUCCCACGCAACCACACCCUCAGGCUGUCCUUCACUCACCCCACGGACGCUGCAGGAUGUCUGCCGAGUUCGAAGAUGUCUUGACCAAUCAACCAGUCGUGAUCGACAAUGGAUCAGGAACUAUCAAGGCGGGCUUCGCUGGCCAGGAUCACCCAAAAUGCUUCUUCCCAUCUUUUGUCGGACGGCCCAAGCAUGUACGCGUUAUGGCAGGUGCCCUCGAAGGGGACGUUUUCAUUGGGCGCAGAGCACAAGAAUUUCGCGGUCUUCUCAAAAUCAAGUAUCCGAUAGCACAUGGCAUAGUGACUGACUGGGACGAUAUGGAGCGUAUAUGGAGUCACAUCUAUGCUGAAGAGCUCGGAACGCUCAGCGAAGAACAUCCAGUACUUUUGACGGAAGCCCCACUGAAUCCACGCAGCAAUCGUGACGUAGCUGCUCAAAUAUUCUUCGACACGUUCAACGUGCCUGCACUUUUCAUCUCGGUACAAGCCGUCCUAUCGCUGUAUUCCUCUGGUAGAACAACGGGCAUUGUUCUUGAUUCAGGGGAUGGAGUCACGCACGCCGUCCCGGUAUUUGAGGGCUUCUCUAUGCCACACGCCAUUCGCCGCGUCGAUGUCGCUGGGAGAGACGUGACCGACCAUUUACAGCUGUUGCUCCGGAAAUCUGGGCACCAUUUGCACACCACAGCCGAGCGUGAGGUUGUGAGGAUCAUCAAAGAGAAGUGCUGUUAUGUCGCUCUGAACCCUUCUAAAGAAGAGAAAGACUCGUUAGGACGUGCGGAGGAGUUCCGGUUACCUGACGGAAAUGUGAUCCAGCUCGGACCGGAGAGAUUUCGCGCACCAGAGAUCCUGUUUAACCCUGAACUCAUAGGCCAGGAAUAUGCUGGCGUUCAUCAGGUUGUUGUGGAUUCUAUCAAUAGGGUCGACUUGGACCUACGCAAAAGUCUGUUUUCGAACAUAGUCCUCAGCGGCGGAAGUACUCUGUGUAAAGGUUUCGGCGAUCGACUUCUUAAUGAAGUGAAGAAAUUGGCUCUCAAAGACGUAAAGAUCAAAAUAUAUGCUCCCCCGGAACGCAAGUAUUCCACAUGGAUAGGAGGGUCUAUCCUGGCAGGGUUGGGCACAUUUAAGAAGAUGUGGGUAUCAGCAGAGGAGUAUCAAGAAGAUCCCGAUAUCAUACACAAGAAGCUAGGCUUUUGAAUUGGCAUAUUCACUCCUGCGCGCCCUCUUUUUUAAAAAAAAGGACAAAAGAAAAAUCAUCUCACGUAUACCCACUAUAUCCAUCUAACACGGUAAUACGCUCAAUUUCGCGAGCGAUAAUGAGGGCU